AUGGAGAUCAACAUGAUCCGACUCCAGUGUCUGAUAAACCUCCCCAGAUGCAGCAAGUGUCAGUCUGUAAUCGAUACUAACAUAUUUGGAAUUGAAAGGACACUGCAGCAUAUCACCAAGUGGGGUCAUUUGUCCACACACAACCAAACUGAGGAAAGAGAGAAACUGGAAAGACAUACAGAGAAUGGCAAUAAUUCCUCAUCAUGUGCCUCUUCUAAAAGGUCUGAACCAUAUGUUUAUGUGUCUAAAUCCUUGGCAUCAUGUGAGAAAACAACAAAAUGCCACAUUGAUCUCAGGGAUGGAGAACUGGGAGAUGCAGAAGCCUGUAAACUUCAAAGUGUGAUGGAGUGUCAAUCUGAACUUGCACGUGGGGGUGAUCCCCGGUACAACAGACCACAUUGUCAGCAAGAUGACCAAAAAGGGGUAGAAUUAUGCUUUCAAAAUUGCAAUAAUCCCUGUAAAUGUGGCAUUCUUCCAGAAAGUCCUCUGUUCCCGGAUCCACUGUUCACCGACACUCUAACUCCGGUCUCAUGGAAGAACAGACCAAGAAAGAAAUGUUGUUUUGAUAGGUCCAAUGUUAAUGAUAUUGAUGACCAGGAAACUGGCCCUCUCACAAUAUCACUGCCUGUGUGUAAUCACCGACUAUGCAGUGAGAGUCCUGGGUCAAAUACAUUUGGGAAAUUAUGUUCCCAUCAAGAGUUGAACUGUCAAGAACAGUUGAGAAUGAAGGUCCCCAGCCUGGUGGAAGUGCCAUCAGAAAUAUUAAAGUCUCCAUACAAAAUGAAGGGAGGCUGCAAUAUUUUUGGCUUGGGUUUGUCAAAAGACAAGAAGGACCAGAGGAAUUAUAGGCACAAAAAACAUGGAGAAACUAAAUUCGAUAGACAGGGAGAUGACAUCCAUUUUCAUGAAAUGGAUACAAUUGGAACAACUUGCUUGUCUAAAAAAACAUCUAAUCUUUGCUCUGGUGAAGACAAUUUGUGUAAGUCCUGCAUGAAAAGUAGGAAAAGAGAAGAUAGAAACAGUCUUUGUCAGAGAUCAGCAAGAUGUGGGUUUGAUCAAAGGGAUGGAUGUGUCUCCAGUACUGGCACUGAGAAGUCUUGUGCAAAAGCAGCUCCCCAUAAGACUGCAGUUGGGAAAUCAUGCUUUCUCCAAGAGCAGGCAAUGCUGUGUACAUAUUGUGGAAUCCGAAUGUGUGAUCAGGCUUCCUUCCCCAGGGAGGACACAUCUUGGCUCAAUGCAGCUUCGCGACGCAGAAUCAUUGAAUCGUCAUACCCAGGAAAGAAACAGUGCCCCAGGAAAGACAAUUCCUGGCACUGCAGCUCAAGUACUCCGUGCUGGAGAAGAGAAACGUGCAGAGACAGAUGUCUACAUCAGAGCAACGGAGGAGAUGGAUAUCAAAGGCAAACUGGUGAUGUCUAUGUCUACGAAAUUGAUGAUGUUGGAACCUCCUGUUUAUAUUAUAAACCAAGUCCAAGCUUGUGCAACUUAAGAGAAAGCAACAUGGUCUCCUCAGAUGAUGAUGGCAAGUCUUUGUAUGAGUUGCACAAGGAAACUUGUAAAGGUGGAGUGCUCCAUUCUAAGGACAUUGACCAGCAGUCGAGUUCAAAGAGUUGUAAACCAAGGCAGGCCCCCAGGAAAGCUUUGUGUUCGAAAUGUUCAGAGGGUCAGUUGAAUCAGACACCUGGAGAAUGUCAUCCGUCAUCAUACAGAGGGAAAGAGGCCUCUUCAUCGAUCAUCUCCUCCUUACCACAGUGGCCAAGGCAGCUGCUCCUGCAUAACAGUGGAGCUCAAGCAAUAACCAGAUUAUACAAAGUAUAGACUAGAACAGACACUGCCCCUGUGUCUGAGAGAGCACCUUCCAGCUUCCUCUCUCGUGGACCACAUGCAACCAAAACAUUGACUAAAUUUCACCUCCUGGACAUAGAAUCUGUAGGAAUAGGAACUACUUUAGAAAGUCUUGAUGAAGAUGCAAUCUACCUUCUGGCUAAUUCACACCUGUUAAUGGUGAGAAAGACCAGUGUUAUUAAUGUGUAGAGUCAUGUUAUGAGCCAAGUGAUGGUGAGAGGUACAUGCAGGGAAUGUGGUGAACAGGGACUUUGGAGAUGAGCAGAAACAAGAGAAAAUGGUAAAUAAAGGCAAGACUAAUAUUAACGCAAAGCUCCCAAGAACAAUAAAGGUUUGACAAAUAUAUGACCAGUGAAGAAAAAUAUUGGUAAGCUUUAUUUACAACUUUUCACAAUCCUUUUGCUGAGUUUUCACUUUUAUGGCUCAGACCAGGAGUCAAGGUAUAUGAUGUACUUACAACAGGUGCGAGUUUAAAAAUACAGUUGAGAUGCAUGGGUAAUACUGAAGGUUCAGAAGAGGGAGUAGGAAAGUGUGUUAGUGAAACAAUGAAGAAUUAUGAGACAAUACUGGCAGCUAAUAUAAAGAGCAGUUCCAAAGCUUUUCACAGGCAUGGAGGUAGUAAGAGGGUGGUAAAAUGAAGUAUUCUGUUGAUCAGGAUGUACACAUGAAGGCAGGGUCAGUGGUGAGAUGCGAAAUGGAAACUUUGCAUCAGUCUUUACCACAGUAUGAGAUACUGCCCUGGG